CACACACACACACACACACACACAGUCUCAAAAUAUGUUAAAGCUAAGUAUUACUUGUUAUUUUGUUAAAUGAUGCUUCAACUGUCCCUGAAAAACACGUCAAAGGAGUUUUACAAAUUGACUGUGAGGCAAUAUAACUUCCUACAUAAGUUAAAAAAUCAGAACUGGAAUUGGAUCUAGCAGCUCAGCUGCAAUUCAAAAAUUUGACCAAGCGAUACAUUAUUUGCCUCAUAAGUCAUAUUCAUAAAAAUAGAGGGUUACAGUAUCACACUGUGAAAUUACACUACCCACUAAGCUGCACAGUGGCAGUGCAUCUAGAACUGCUAAAUACAUUAGCCAGUUAAUAGGCUUUACCUAAAGAAUAGGAAAGAGAGGAGGAGGGAGAGCCAAAGUCAAAGGGCAUGAGGGAGGCAGGGAGGUCACUGACAAGCACUUUCAAAGUAUUUGAAUGAAAAGUGAAGUGAUUUGAAGAGGAGGAAAGAGGGGGAGGAAAAGGGAGAAAGGAGGGAAUGAGGGAGAAGAGAGUGGGGUGAACCUCCUGGAAGACAUAAAUAGGCGAAAGAGGACUUAGAGGCUUGCAGUCACUCUCCUCGACAGCCACAUCCAACGCUCUUCUCUCCCCUUCUCCUCACCUCCAGCCCUCCUCUCCACUCAUCUGCUGCAACCCUCCUUUCAUCUGGAACCCUGAACAAAAUCAGUCCUUUAUCCUUCCCCAAAAUAAACCCUCAUUAUCAUGGACAUCACAAGGAAAACCCUCUCCAUCUCUGAGGCCCUCUACCACCUGAUUGUCAUGAUGCUGACACUGGGCCGAGGCAUUCAUUCACUGCCUGUUCCUACUGACGUCCCCAUGUGCACGGCCUCAGAAACUGCCCAGUACAGGUUAACGUUUUCCGGCAAGUGGAACCAGGCAGCUUUCCCUAAACAGUAUCCUGUCUACCGUCCGCCUGCACAGUGGUCAAACCUCAUUGGGGUGACCCACAGCUCUGACUACCACAUGUGGCAGCGUAAUGAAUUUGCCAGCAAUGGAGUGAGGGAGUUUGCGGAGAAAGGCGAGGCCUGGACGCUUAUGAAGGAAGUCGAGGCGGCCGGCGAACGCAUCCAGAGUGUUUAUGGGAUCUUCUCUGCUCCCGCUGUGAUGGGGGGCACAGGCCAGAUGAACACUGAGUUUGAGGUUUUCGCCAGGCACUCCUAUCUAUCUUUUAUGGUGCAUCUCAUUCCAAGCCCGGACUGGUUUGUGGGUGUGGAGAGCUAUGACCUCUGUGAUGGCGACCAAUGGAAAGAGAACGUGUCGCUGGAGCUUUUCCCAUUUGAUGCAGGAACUGACAGCGGGUUCACCUUCUCUUCUCCCAACUUCGAGACCAUCCCACAGGACAAAAUUACACAGAUCACUUCUUCCUUCCCUAGCCACCCUGCUAACUCCUUUUACUACCCCCGCCUGAAACACCUGCCGCCCAUCGCCAAGGUAAUGCUGACAAAGAUAAAGAAGACCAAUCAGAUAAUCAGCCUGCCUAUGGAGCCUACCCAGUCCAACCAACUGCCAACAGGAAAUGAGAUUGAGGACAAGCUCAUUAAUACCCCUCUGGACUGUGAGGUGUCAGUGUGGUCUCCUUGGGGCUUGUGUAAAAGCAAGUGUGGAGACUCAGGUGUGCAGCACCGCACACGCUACAUCAUUAUGCACCCAGCCAACAAUGGAUUAGCCUGCCCCCUGUUGGAAGAAGAGAGGAAGUGCUUCCCAGACAACUGUUUAUGACUAGGCCAGGAAAGGAAGAAGAGGAAAGAGAGGAAGGAGAGGAGAGAGAAGAAAGAGAGGAAAGCCAGGAAAGGGAGGAAAGGACGAAGACAUAGAAAUAACAGUAAAAGGGAUGUGGCUUAUUCACAUGAGGCAUAAAUAUGCUAAAGCAAACUCCCUUAUUUCCUCCCUGGCUAUACCCUCUGUCUGUGGAAAUGAUUAUGUACUGAUUGUCUGAUUGUGAAAUUGCAGAAUGUCUUAUCCUCAAGACACAUUGACAGAUCUGACAGCACUAGAGAGGUGUAGUUUGGCAAAAUAGCUAUUAGACACCACUUCAGUUUUGGCAGAUUAUCUAAAUCGUCUGUGGACAGAACUAUGCUGUUUUAAACAUAGACAUCAACUAAAAACACAUUUACAGAUUAUAAUUGGGUUUUAAUUGGACAUUUCUAAAGAUCACAGAAACUUGUUUGCCCACAGUAGAUUAUAACUCCCAGCAGCUUCCAUCAAACGGAAAGCGGAUUUGGAAAUAAAUCAAUAUAAAGUAAAUGAUACUUGAUCUAAAAUCCCAAGAGAUACUUAGCAGAAAAUCAUUAUAAUAGCAGCUCUGGCACAGGGGAAAACAUGAUACCUCAAUAGUUCCAUUAUCAAAAGUAUAGUAGUACAAGCAGAAAAGUACAUCAGUACAUUAACAUCAGUGCGGUCCUCUCCGCAUUCAAAAUAUAAUAUUCACUGAGACAUAUUAGAAAUAUUAGUUCAAAAAUGUUUUGUAAAAAAACAGAUACUAAAAAUGUAGACAGAGGAUAGAGUAGCGUGGGGAAAAUUCCACAACAGAUAGCAGUUGGUCAUACGUCGGUCACAAGGUUUACCAGUUUACUAGUAUGCAUGAUGCCUCAAUAGUUCCAUUAGCAAAAGUACAGUAGUACAAGCAGAAAAGUAAGUCAGACACAUCGGUACGGUCCUCUCCGCAUUCAAGACAUAAUAUUCACAGAGACAUUGAUAGUUUUCUGAAAACAAAGAAUAUAUUUAUUAACAGGAUUUUUGCCUGUGGUGUACAGUAUAUAAAAUCUGAAAGUAUAAGUUGUAGGCCUUUAUGUUAUUGAAAUAUUAGUUCAAACAUUUUUUGUAAAAAAACAAAUGCUAAAAAUGUACAAAAAAUG